GUAAUGCGUGGUGCACGUGGUUUGCAGUCGCAACAUCUGAAAAUGUGAGAUUGUAAGGAGAGAGGGCGCGAGGAGGUGCUGAAAAAAUCUCUUGUGGAAGAAAUGCAGUUCAUUACGCUUUCUCGUGUAUCGGUUAAAAAGAGCCUAAGUUGAGCAAGUAUAUUUCCUUUAUGUGCGCAUUGUCGAAGAGCACCGUGGUUUUUAUCGCCUGGUAAAUUCUUCGUUUUUCACAACAGGACCGGUAAUAUGAUGAAACGGAUAUCAUCAGGGCUGAUGUUCCAACAUGCAAGGCAGGCUACUUAGUGAAAGUUUCCGGUAUUCCUGGGAAGGUGAUUUGGUUAUUUGGUCAAAGAAUUUCAACGGGACACACGUGCGAUAACCCGGCUUCUUCGCUACUGAAUCUUGGAUUUUACCGCUCCGGUGUUUUCUCACAAUGAAGAGGAGACAGAAACGAGUACUUCAGAUGGCAUUUUUAUUCAUGAUGGCUUUGAUUUUUCUCCCAAACAUUGGUUUGUGGUCGCUAUUCAAGGAGAAACACCUGAUGAAGUCGCACGAGACGGGAGAGCAGGGAUUUCAAUUAGGUCUGAAUGAAGGACACAUCUACACGUGGACAGAUGGUCUCAGAAGGAGAGAUUGGCAUGACAAUGAGAGCAUCAGGAGAGAUGAGCUUCGAGUUGGUAAAGGGGAACAGGGGAAACCAUACCCACUGACAGAGGAUGAAUGUGAUGACUCUGUAUACAAGGAGAACGGUUUCAACAUCUAUGUCAGCAACAACAUCGCCUUGGACCGGUCUCUUCCGGACAUAAGGCAUCCAAAUUGCAGACAGAAGCUGUAUUUGGAGAACCUGCCCAACACCAGUAUAAUAAUCCCCUUCCACAAUGAGGGCUGGUCUACUCUGCUGAGGACAGUGCACAGCAUCACCCACCGCACACCUGACCACCUCAUCGCAGAGAUCAUCCUGGUGGAUGACUUCAGUGACAGAGAGCACCUUAAAGACAAGCUGGAGGGGUACAUGGCACGCUUUCCAAAGGUGAGGAUCGUCAGGACCAAGAAGAGGGAGGGGCUUAUCCGCACCCGCCUGCUAGGGGCUACCGUCGCCAAGGGAGACGUCUUAACCUUCCUGGAUUCUCACUGCGAAGCCAACGUAAACUGGCUACCUCCUCUGCUCGACCAGAUCGCCCAGAACCCCAGGACCAUUGUGUGCCCGAUGAUCGACGUCAUCGACCACAACCACUUUGGGUAUGAGGCACAGGCGGGCGAUGCCAUGCGGGGCGCCUUCGACUGGGAGAUGUACUACAAACGCAUCCCCAUACCCCCCGAAAUGCAGGGUUCUGACCCCAGCGACCCCUACGAAUCCCCAGUGAUGGCGGGAGGGCUUUUUGCUGUCAAACGGCAGUGGUUCUGGGAACUGGGGGGCUAUGACACAGGACUGGAAAUCUGGGGCGGAGAGCAGUAUGAGAUCUCCUUCAAGGUGUGGAUGUGCGGCGGUAGCAUGUACGACGUGCCGUGCUCCAGGGUGGGUCAUAUCUACAGGAAGUACGUCCCUUACAAAGUGCCCUCGGGAACCAGCCUGGCCCGGAACCUGAAGCGCGUGGCAGAGACCUGGAUGGAUGAGUACACAGAGUAUAUCUACCAGCGGCGGCCAGAAUAUCGCCACCUGUCUCCUGGAGACCUGACUGCGCAGAAAGAACUGCGGAAGAGCCUCAAGUGCCACGAUUUCAAGUGGUACAUGACCAACGUGGCCUGGGACCUGCCCAAAUAUUACCCCCCUGUGGAGCCCCCGCCUGCCUCCUGGGGAGAGAUCCGGAACGUGGCGUCGGGCCUGUGCGUGGACAGCAAGCACGGGGCCACGGGGACGGAACUGCGGCUGGACACCUGUCUGAAGGAGGGGGCCGAGCGCACGUGGGCACACGAACAGAUCUUUACCUUUGGCUGGAGAGAAGACAUACGACCGGGAGAUCCUCUUCACACCAGGAAGCUGUGUCUGGACGCCAUCUCCAGCAGCAGUCCCGUGACACUGUACGACUGCCAUGGUAUGAAGGGCAACCAACACUGGCAGUACAGAAAGGAUAAAUCUCUACAGCACCUGGUAAGCAGCAGCUGUAUGGAUUCCAGCGCUGUCGAUAAGAGGAUUUUCAUGAACAAGUGCAACCCACAGUCUGAGACACAGAAGUGGCUCUUCCAGCAUAUCAACGUCACCGUCCUGGACAAGUUUAACAGCCCCGCCAGUUCCUAGGGAUCGCCCUGGGAAACAAACAGCCAAUGACCAUCCUCCUGGACUGCCGGGUUGCUGGGCAGGGGUCUGUUUCCAGAGCAGCACUUGCUCUUCUGUCUCGAGGUUCCCGUCUCAGGAGCUCCAGCGGGGAACAGGCCGAUCGGCUGACCAAAUUCGGCGAGCUCGCUCGCGAGACGUAGCUGUUGGAGAGGCGACCGGAAGCGAAAAAGAACAUAAACGCGACCACAGCCACCUUGCUGGUCAAGGAAAAGAAAAAAAAAAACUAAAACAUCUUUUUCUAGCUCAAGGUCCAACUCAGGUCCAACCACCACUGCUACGCGUCAGAGAACAGUGGUUGUGAGAUUGAGAGAGUGGAAGAAGGAGGAACAUUCUCAGUUUUUAAAAGCAAAGGGCGCAUGAUGGAUUUGUCAGGGUGUCUCUUUGACACCUUGGCUCAAUCCUUGACUCUGUGUUAGCACUUUUAUAACGUUUUUCAUUAUUGUUUUACUAAUGUGUUCAUUUUAUAUAUAUACAUCUUUUUUCAUUUUACAGCAAAUCUAUCUGGGUAUAUUUGAUUGGAUAUAUUGUUUCAGGUUCCCGUGAAAAUAAGGUUGUAAUGAAGUGUGGUAAUCUGGUAUAUACAUGAAGUAAAGUCAUUCAAUGAUUAUAAUGAAGAUUAAUAAUAUGUUUUUUCAGCUGUGUUCAUUUUUUAAAGCCACAAAUUAUAAAUUAAACAUGAUGUUGAAGAAUGGG